UGUUUAUUCUGGUGGCAAUCAUAAUUGUUUGGACUGUGGCACUGAUUAGAUUAAGAUCCCCACACUCACUCACUCCCACGCACACGCGCUCACACACACAUACACACCUACACACACACACACACACACACAUACAGACACGCUGUCAGAAUGGCAAGUGGAAUAUUGGCUGGCAAAGUGGCAUUUGUAACAGGUGCCGGCUCUGGCAGACGUGCCACAUGCCGCAUACUGGCACGAGAUGGAGCCAAAGUCAUUGCCGCGGAUCGCAAUCUGCCGGCAGCACAGGAAACAGCCAAGCAACUUGGCGCUGAGCGAGCAGCCCUGGAAGUUGACGUCUCGUCGGUGCAGAGUGUACAGAGCGCUGUUACGGCAGCCCUGGCUCAGUUCCAGCAGGCGCCCAGCAUUGUUGUGAAUUCGGCGGGAAUUACCAGGGAUGGAUACCUGCUAAAGAUGCCCGAACGCGACUACGACGACGUCUACAGUGUGAACUUGAAGGGAACGUUCUUGGUGACGCAACAGUUUGCCAAGGCAAUGAUCGAGCAGAAGUUGAGCAACUGCAGCAUUGUCAAUCUGUCCAGCAUUGUGGCACGCAUGAACAACAUGGGACAGGCCAACUAUGCUGCCACCAAAGCUGGCGUCAUCUCCUUCACAGAGGUGGCCUCCAAGGAGUUUGGCAAAUUCGGUAUACGCGUCAACUGCAUCCUUCCCGGCUAUAUUGACACUCCCAUGGUGGCUGUGGUGCCCGACCAGAUCAAGCAGCAGGUGGUGCAACGCUGUCCCCUUGGUCGUCUUGGUCAGCCCGAUGAAAUUGCCGAGGUGAUUGCCUUCCUGGCCUCCCAGAAGUCCGCCUAUGUCAAUGGCGCUGCCAUCGAAGUCACUGGCGGACUCAAGUAAAUCAUCAAUCAUCCACAACAAUCACAAGCAAGAUGACCCCGUUAUUAUCGCAAAACAAUCUGCAUUUAUUUGUUGUAGUUAUAUGUAUAAUUCAAGAAUCUGUUUUUUUUUCUAUUGUUUUUUGUUAAAUUAAAAGAUUUGUUGAUAGUGAACUUUUCUCGAGCUUUCAAAUUCGCUUGCAAAGAACUAACAAAUUUAUGCUCUUUUUCCACUUCAUGCGAAACAUCCGCAGAAAUAAAAGCUUUAUACAUAAACUUUAUACAAUA